AUUUCAUAGCAUAAUAAAAACAAGCCAGCAAGCUUGGUGGUUAUAAUGAUAAUAAUAAACGAACCCUUUUCUUUCACUCGACGACUCUGCCUUACUUCCACUCCCAUUUUACUUUUACAUUCGCUACUAUGAACUCUCUGAAUAAAUCCAAAUUUUCUUUUGAAAUAAGUGAAUCAAAAAGUCUUGCAUUGAAUUUUGUUGAACCGAGCAGUACGUCUCGUCUGCAGGAAAGAAGGUGUUUUAUAAAUCUCGGACAUUUGUGGCGUCGUCGUUGUCGCCUUUAAAAUUGUAUGCCCAGAGACAUUCCAGGUUAAGACCAGAAGUUGGCUUUGCCUUAUCUCACUCAAGAAAGAAAUUAGGAGCGAUGAUAAUGAUGAAUAAUAAGGUGAGACUAGAAAAAAAGUCUAUUUCCAGUUGGUGAGUUUUCAUGGCUUGAUUUGGUUCAGUCAUCAUCAAGAAACUCUCUUCUUUUAUUCCAUGUUGACAAUCCAAAUCUAAUGACUUGUGUCCCAUCCUGUCUCAUUAUUAUUCAGACCACAAAAAGGUAAAAUAAUCUCACAGAAGAAUCUCCUCUAAUUAAUAUGCGACUUCUUAUUACUCUUUGCUCCUCAUCAAUUCAUCAUCACGAAUAAAUCAUUGCCAUCAUGAUGCAAUAGGGUUCCACCGUAAUUACUUGCGUAUUUUUAUUAUUGGCUUUUGAACUCACUGCAAAUUGCUGAGAGAAAUAAGCACGUAUUGUGUCCUGCUGAAUAAAUAUGGACUAUUUGAAGAAGGUAGUAAAAUGCAAGUAACUGCUGGAUAAACCCAAUUAGAAAAUAUAUAAUUGCGAUAAUAACUAAUAAAGUAUACAUACCUAUGUAUUAAUUUUUAGAAAAGAUAGCAAACAAUCAGGAUAUUGGAUGAGAUGAUAGCUUUAAUUGUCUAUUAUAAUUAGUAGAAACCUUAUCGUUAGCAUCAUACAUACGCAGUGACACAUCACCCUUUUUGCAUCUGAUUUAAAGUCUAACGAGGCGAUGAACAAUAUUAUUUUUAGAGCGAAUUAAUUUAUCGACGAGAUUGAGAAUUUUUACGUUACUCGAUUCAGCUUCAACGUUCGCUUGUCACUGCUUGCUCGCUCCGCAUUCCUGAACUCGAUCAAUCCUGUACGUGAACUAAUUUUAGUAAUGGGUCACUCACAACUCUAAAUACUCAUUUCAGAUUUAUUAGUGCGGAACAACAGUCGAUACUGAACAACUCGUGCGGGUUUCAAUUUAUCCAUUGUCAAGAUGAGUGACAAGAAGAAGGCGCCGUUCUGGAUUUUUGUCAUGGACAAAAUGAAGAAGCUCGAGAUCGAGGAUGGCCAGCAGGGGGCCGUGGGGGGCGAACGAGACGUCCAAGCCGUGGUGGCCAUGGUCAGCCCGGAAUGGCAGAAUAUGACACCAAAGGACAGAGAACCUUAUGUACAGAGAGCUAAGAAAGGCAAUGAUGCCAGGAAAGCGAAAGGAUCAAACGAUGGAUCCAAUCUUCCUGGAAUGAUGACUCUUGUCCGUCAAAAUGCUGAGGCUCGCACAAGGAAAAUGGCUGCCGAUUUGACGAAAAUCUUCAGCGAAUAUGCCGACCAUGGGAAUUUAGCGGGGAUGCCGAUAGUUAUUUGCAAAUUCAACACGUAUUAUUGGAAUAAGUCGGCAAAGGAUGGGACUCGUGUACUCCCUUCAGAAGUAUCCUUUUCUGCCUGGAGCAUUAAGCAAGGAGUUUUCGCAAACUUUUCUACUCUCAUUGACCCAGGGGCAGACCACGAUGGGAAGAAGUCGUUUCGAGUUUCCGAUGAGGUGAAAGCCAGCUGUGACAAGCAACAUAUUUUAAUGUGCGACUUUAGUACAGAACUACAAGAUUGCAAGCGGAUUCUAAAUAGUAUUAAUUCCUUCAUGGAAAUGACUAUUGGAAGGAAGGUCCUUUUCUGUCGUCGGGAGGAUAUUGAUGUGACUGAAGCGUGCCUGGAGUGGCUCUGUCAAUGUGCAGGACUCGACCGUUCUGACUUUGAAGUUUUGAACGUCAAUGCACUGAUGAAAAUGCUGUCAAUUAAAGCUUAUUCAGACAAGAAUUGCGAUGAAGCAAAGACCAACGCUGAAGGAAAACUUGACGCUAUGGCUUGCCGGGAAUUGUCCAACGCCAAAGCUAGGAUGACGGCCGCAUGGGAUAUGAAAAACAAAACUGUCGGUGGCUUGGUCGUAUAUCCCAACCAACAUCCAUUCAUUGCCAAGAGAGGUUUGUUCCUGGAGGAAGAUCACGUGGACGCCUUGCUGUCGAAAUCCAAUUAUUCGUAUUAUGAACAACUUGCUUGUCCAUAUCAUUUUGAGCUUAUUGAUGGAUCGGAGUUCUGUUCCCUGAACAUUGCCAACCGCUAUGCCUUCAUGCUGCUGGACGCCUUGCUCCCCAACUUCGACACAAUUCCACAGGCUGGAUUUCACUAUCCGCGUAUGAAGGAUCUGAAAACAGAAGUGAUUUUGCGACGCAAAAUGCUGUUAAAAUGGAACGAUUGUCAGUACGAAUCAUAUGCUUCGUCAUUUCUUGUAGUUGAGAAAGAGCAAAGACUGAAGAAGGAACAAGCAAUGGAGUUCGAGAAGGCCAUGCUGAUGAAGGCAAUGGAAGCUGAUAAAAUUUAGUUUACGCGUCACCAUUUUUAUUAUUUUUUCUCUCUAUCUCAUUUUCCCUCUCUUAUUUUCUCAGUUAUAUAAUUAUUUACGAUGUACAUUUAUUUAUUAUCUACUCCAGUCCGCUCCUUGGAUGAAACCAAGUUUUGAGCAAGUAUUUGCGACAAUAUUAAUAUGGAAUCCUUGUGUAUGAUUUUUGUGAACAGGUAGAAAAACAAGAGUAAUAAAAUCGCCUUUCAAGCUUUUGCAAAGUAAAAGCUGGUUUGAUUUAGUUUAAAAAUGUGAAACGCAACACAAAUAGAACCAGUUCAAACUCGAAGCAAAGGUGAGAACGGUCUUAUUUUAGCA